GGCUUUGCAAUUGGUACGAAUCAUCAAUAGAAAAAGUAUGCAGUUUCACCUGUUAUGAUUCAUGUUAGAUACACACACUUAUUUGGUUGCAUAAACUUACCUAAAUGGGUACAACAUCAGAUAAAAUAACAUGCACAUGUUUGUGUAAACACAGUGUAUCGUCCAUCUGCAUGUGUACAACAUAUAGGCCACAUAUGCAAAACAAACAGCUAGUACAACAUAAAGUUAUCACAACCAAAUAUAUACAUGAGUUUGAAUCAUAGUAAGUUACAACUGGCGUAUAGCUAUCUUGAGUCCAGUAUAUAUCUACUGUUGACUGGCCUUCUAUAAUUAUACCAAACACCAUCAACCCUACCCUGAGUGAAAUGGAUGAGUCAUUGCAGAGAUUCAUGGUAGCAACCAUCGUAGGUGCCAUCAUUGACGGAAUACUUGUCGUGGUUGCCAUAGCAUUGAUUGUGGUACUAGUCAGGGAACGAAGGAGACAGCGAAUAUUUAAACUAAAGUCAAAUGUGAUGAAUGUGGAAGCAGCUGAGAUGACUGAAUGCAACAUAACAGUGCAAGAGGCAGCUCAAAGGGACCAACGCCCACCUCAAGAGGAGCAAGAGUCAGCUCAGAAGGAUCAACGCCCACCUCAAGAGGGGCAAGAGUCAGCUCAGAAGGAUCAACGCCCACCUCAAGAGGGGCAAGAGGUUGCUCAAAGGGAUCAACGCCCACCUCAAGAGGAGCAAAAAGCAGCUCAAAAAGACCAAUGCCCACCUCAAGAGGAGCAGGAGUCAGCUACAAGGGACCAACACCCACCUCAAGAAGAGCAAGAAGCAGCUCAGAAGGACCAACGCUCACCUCAAGAGGAGCAAGAGGCAGCUACGAGGGACCAACGCCCAUCUCAAGAGGAGAGAAACCCAUUUGAGUUGCCGGACAUUCGAAAAUUGACAUACGAGAUCACAGAGUGCGAAGCAUACGGAUUCCUGUGGUCAGGUGAUCAAAGUCAGUAGUUACCCUCUUAUGCAGCUAUUCAAUAAAAUUCAUAACACACUAGCACGCGUGUCUCACACUAUUAGCCAAAAGAUAGUUAUUUCCCAUGAAAAUUGUGCAUUGCCAGCAGAGCUUAUACUUAUCUUCUUCUUAUAACAACACAUUCAUAACUGUUUAUCGAA